GCAGACGACAUUUUUGGUUCGCUGCAGCCGGCAAGUUAAAAUAUUGACGUCAUGAAUACGAAGAGGACUCAAUUAGACAUUGAACAUUUUAUUUGAAAGUAACCUUCGUCUCAGCGUCUUUUUUGUUAAGCCAGAAUUAGAAUUUCGACUUGGUUUCAGCAGCUUGACAAGGUAUCAGCAAGGUGAAACUAGAAAACAACAUGAAUGACUCCUUGAACGAUGACUAUUCAUAUGAAGAUUACCCUUAUAACAGUGCUGGUUUGUCUGAAACAUCAAGGAAAUCAAUUGAAGUAGCAUCGCUUGUGUUCUACUGCCUAACAUGCUUCCUUGGAGUUCCUGGAAAUGCCCUUGUAGUAUGGAUUGCAGGAGUGAAGAUGAAGAGGACCAUUAACACCAUCUGGUUUCUGAACCUGGCCAUCGCUGACCUCCUGUGCUGCCUGUCCAUACCUUUUACCGUGGCUGUAAUCCUUCUAAAUCAUAACUGGCCUUAUGGAGACGCUAUGUGCAAAGUCCUACCCACGAUCAUUGUCAUCAACAUGUUUGCCAGCGUCUUUACCCUGAACCUCAUCAGCCUGGAUCGCUUUAUCCAGGUUGUUAAACCAGUUUGGGCUCAGAACAACCGUACGAUCAGGUUAGCAUGGAUAUGCUGUGCUUUGGCAUGGGCACUGGCCAUACUCCUCAGCCUGCCGAAUCUAAUCCUUCGAGAAACGUUCACAUCCUCUAACAUAACCAUCUGCAUGUUCAGGAACAGAAAUACUACAAAUACAGAUGAUUAUUUCAGCAUCGACACAGAUGUCUCUUACAGUGCGCUAACCAUGGCCCGGUUUGUUCUAGGCUUCCUUAUACCACUCCUGUCCAUUGUGUUUUGCUAUACCGGUAUCACCCGGAAGGUUAUGAGCAGCCACUUUCGUGCAGGAAGAGCAUUUCGUAUCAUGUUGGCUGUCGUGGUGGCAUUUUUUAUCUCCUGGUUUCCCUACCAUGUGGUGGGUCUGUUAGACAUUUAUGGUGGGACACAUGAAGCCAUACUGGCUAGUGAACUUGAUCCCCUGGUCAUCUCGUUCGCAUAUGCCAACAGCUGCAUGAACCCAAUAUUCUAUGUGUUUGUGGGGCAGGACUUUAAAGAGAAAGUCAAACUCUCGCUGAGACGGGUCUUCGAGAAGGCGUUUAGCGAAGAUAACACGAUGAGUUCCAAAGGACAGCAGUCGCACUGCACCGACUCCUCAAAUGCCCAGCUGUGACAGUGACAUGGAGCAUAUUUUUACUUCAUGUUUGUGUAGUGUGUAAUAUCUUUAGUAAUAAAAGGAAAACUACCCUGAUUGAUUUGCACAACAAUCCGUAUAAUUAACCCAAUCGGUAAUGACAUGAUAAUCAGAGCUCACUUUCAUCUUUCACUAGUCUCUUUAUACGACUACUAUUGAUUGUAGUGCCAAAAGGGAUUAAUCCCUUGUUUUUACCCAAAGAGAGUGAUGCAGUGGCACUUUAAUCCUUUACCUUUAUCCUUUUCUUUUCAAUUGAUAGAUAAUUCAUUAUUUUACUAUUUUUGUAGUCGAGGAAAAGUAUUCCUAUAGUUUAAACAUGGUAGGAAUAAAUGUAAUUAAAGUUUAUUAUAAAUAUAUUUACAUUUGUUAAUGUAUACUGUAUGGAUAAACAUUUUUUUGUGAUGUUAGACAACAUUGUUUAAUGGUUUUCCAUUAUAAUUUCAUUUAUAAUACUAUUAAUUAAAUAGACAUCAGAUUUAUCAGGUUCACAUUGAUUCUUCUAUUGGUCUGACAGAGUCAUGUAUUCACGUGAAUGUCUCGGGUUUGAAAUUAGGUGUACUUUUAGGAUGCAUUCCUUUGACAUGAAUGGUUGCAUUGAGCAGAAAGGAUUCCAGGAUGUUAAUGUUAUGUUAAUGACGUGACAUCCGAUCUGCAUUCUUGGACAGUUUGUCAGAUUCGGGGACUUUGAGUCUUUAAUUGUUCUUGAGUAUUGGAUAUGCACUGUUUCAGUUUGCAGUCUGAGUCAACAUGACUCAGUUUAAUAGUGUCAUUAAAAAUGGUGGGUGUUUUUUGUGUGUCUUCUAGUUAUUUCUAGCAUGCAGGCACAGACACCUUGAAGUAUAAAGUCUGAAAGUAAGCUCUCUUGAAUUCUUAGAAAUGUAAACAAAGCAUUGUUAUAUAGUCAGUUAUGAAGUGUAUAAUAUACUAUAAUAAAUUUCUGAAAUAACAAAA